AUGGGGGUCCCUACCCCUACUCGUCCCUGCAGCUGCAGCUGCAGGCACGUCCUCCUCCUCGUGUCGCUGCAGCUGCUUCUUCUGUCGCCAUGGCAGGGCGAGACGGCAGCUCGAGCUCUCAACUUCACCAGGCAGGAUUUUCCCAGGGCCUUCGUCUUUGGGGCCGGCACAUCAGCUUAUCAGUACGAAGGGGCAACCGAUGAAGAUGGAAGGAGCCCAAGCAUAUGGGACACGUUUACUCAUGCAGGUAGGAUGCCGGACAAAAGCACUGGCGAUCUAGGGGCAGACGGCUACCACAAAUACAUGGGAGACGUGCAGUUGAUGAGUGAUACAGGCCUGGAGGCCUACCGCUUCUCCAUUUCUUGGUCCAGGCUUCUUCCAAGAGGAAGAGGACCCAUCAACCCCAAGGGUCUCCAGUAUUACAACAACCUCAUCAAUGAGCUAGUGAAACGGGGAAUUGAGAUACACGUGACCCUGUACCACCUGGAUUUCCCUCAGAUCCUGGAGGACGAGUACCAUGGCUGGCUGAGCCCCAGGGUGGUGGAGGACUUCAAGGCGUACGCGGACGUGUGCUUCCUGGAGUUCGGCGACCGGGUGAGGCACUGGACGACCAUGGACGAGCCCAACGUGAUCUCCAUCGCGGCCUACGACAGCGGCGCCUUCCCGCCGUGCCGCUGCUCCGCGCCGUUCGGGAUCAACUGCACCGCCGGCAACUCCAGCGUGGAGCCCUACAUCGUCGGCUACCACUCCAUCCUCGCGCACGCCGCCGCCGUCAGACUCUACAGAGAGAAAUACCAGGCGACGCAGAAGGGCGUCGUCGGCAUGAAUGUCUACAGCUAUUGGAACUACCCGUUCUCGUCCAGCCCCGCUGACGUCGAGGCGACGCAGAGAUCAUUCGACUUCAUGAUUGGCUGGAUCGUAAACCCCUUGGUGUAUGGAGACUACCCUGAAGUGAUGAAGAGGAUAAUCGGGUCCCGGCUUCCCAAAUUCACCAAAGAACAGUCUGAGAUGAUCCGUGGGACGGCUGAUUUCCUUGGCAUAAACCACUACACCUCAGUGUACGUCAGUGAUCGAUCCAACACAGCAGACACCACGGGUCCCCGGGACUACAAUGCUGAUCUGGCCGCUACCUUCAGAUUUUCUCGCGAUGAUCCAGCCACUGGCCAGUUUAUCCCAAUCAACAUGCCAAGCGAUCCACAGGGCCUGCAAUUUAUGCUUGAGCAUCUCACCCAAACCUACAACAACAUUCCUGUCUACGUGCAAGAAAAUGGCUUUGGGGCGUUCUUCAAUGAUUCCAUUCAUGACCAUGAGAGAGCGGAGUACUUGAGUGACUACAUUGGCAGUGCACUCGCUGCACUCAGGAAUGGAGCCAAUGUGAAGGGAUACUUCGUUUGGUCAUUCCUGGAUGUAUUUGAGCUGCUGGCAGGCUACAUUUCGCGAUUCGGCCUCUAUCAUGUUGAUUUUCAGGACCCGGAGCUGCCAAGAGUACCAAAACUCUCCGCCCAGUGGUACGGCAAAUUCUUGAGGGGUGAAAUCGGAACAAACAUAGAGAACGUUAUCAGUACUGAUGCACGCUCACAUGCUGAACAAUGA